ACGUGCCACUCUUUCAGUGAGCAUUUGUCAGACUCUGCCUCCUCGGGACUACUGAGAAAAAGGUUGACGAUGCACUCCUCUGCUCUGCUGUUGCUGUGGGUGCUGGGAACAUCAGUGGCGUUAGCAGAUCCUGUCACAGAAGAGCAAAAGCCCACAGAAGAGCCUGUGCCCUGUUCUAAGAGCUGUUCUUGCAUGUAUGACGACUACUCUUCUGAGCUGAAUGUGUACUGCAGCUCACGCAACUUGACACAGGCUCCCACCGACAUCCCUGCCACCACAAGAUCCUUAUGGCUAGACGGAAACUUAUUCACGACCUUGCAAGCAGCCUCCUUCAGGAAUCUGAUCAAUCUGGACUUUUUGAAUUUACAGAACGGACAACUAUCAGCCCUUGACCCACAAGUAUUCAAAGGGCUGCGCUCCCUCGCUCACCUCCACCUGGAACGAAACAAUAUCCGUUCAUUACCUGGCACAAUAUUCCAGAACACGCCUAACCUGGCUACUCUCAGUCUCCAUAAUAAUCAGUUGUCACGGAUAGAUGACAGGUUGUUUGCUGGACUCACUCAUAUGUGGCUGCUGAAUUUAGGAUGGAACUCCCUGGCUGUGCUGCCUGAGACUGGCUUUCAGGACCUCCAUGGGUUACGAGAGUUAAUUCUGGCUGGGAAUAGACUAGCUUACCUACAGCCACAGCUAUUUCAGGGUCUUACUGAACUUAAGGAAUUGGACCUCACUGGCAACUACCUGAAAGUUAUCAAGGCAAAUGUAUUUCUAAAGCUCCCUAAGCUACAGAAGUUGUAUCUGGCCCAAAACCAGAUAGUGACAGUGGCUCCUAGAGCUUUUGUGGGUAUGAAAUCCCUCAGAUGGUUGGACCUGAACAGAAACAGACUGUCUGUGAUCCACGAUGACACCUUCCUUGGACUGCACAGUCUACAUGUCUUAAGGAUUUCAAACAACUCAGUUGGAAGUCUAAGACCAGGGACCUUCCGGGACUUGCAGUAUCUUGAGGAGCUUUGUCUAAGCCAUAACCAGAUACGAGUUUUAGGUGAAAAGGUUUUUGAGGGACUGGGUCAUCUAGAGGUGCUUAAUUUGGAACACAACAAGGUACAGGAAGCAAGAGUGGGUACAUUCAUGGGCCUCUCUCACCUUGCAGUGAUAAAACUCACAGGAAGCUGUUUCCGUGUUCUUCCAGAUCAGGUAUUUAAGGGCCUAUCAAAGCUACACAGCAUUCAUCUUGAUAGAGGCUGUUUGACAAAAGUCACCACCCAAAGUUUCACUGGACUUACGGGACUACGACGCCUUUUCCUACAACAUAACAACAUCUCAGUGAUAGAACGUCAGAGCUUUGUAGAACUUCAAGGGUUGCAGCAGCUUGAUCUGAGAUUCAACAAGCUAGCAACAGUCUCCUCCCACACCUUCAGUGGACUGAAGAACCUUGACUACUUGCUUCUGUCUGGCAACUUGCUUCGCCAUCUUCCCUCUGAAUCCCUUCUGCCUUUGCAGCACCUUUCCUGGCUAGACCUCUCUGGCAACAAGUUAGAGUUUCUGAUAAAUGGAACAAUGAACAUGCUGCCACGGCUUCGCUACCUUAACCUGAAAGACAAUGCACUGAGCAGUCUCCCACCUUCAAUUCCUGACAGCCUGGACCAACUGUGGCUAUCAGGCAAUCAGUGGAAGUGUGAUUGCAGUGCCAAGCCUCUAAGAGAUUACUGCCUAAGGAAGCCCCAGGUGGUUCCCCUACAGGUGGAGACCCUCGCAGAGGGUGAGGAGCCACAUACUCUUAUCACCAUUUUUAACAACAUCACAUGCAGCAGCCCUCUUAGUCUCGCUGGUCUCGACCUGCGGGACAUCAGCAACGAUCAUUUUCGUGACUGCUGAGAUGCAGAUAAAAUCCCUCUGCUAAAAACUUGGUCUCAACAAUUUAAUUUUGUAUCUGUAACAAAGAGCAUACACCAUGAAGUGUAUGUAUCUGUGCGCGUGUGUGUGUGUGUGUGUGUGUGUAUGUGUGCACGCAUUACUGAGUGGUGUGUGUGUGUGUGUG